GCCAUCAAGUCACCAUAUGCCUAAGAAUACACCUAACAAUCGAUGGAGGGCAAGUUUAAUCAAUGAACAUUUGAAGUAAAAGUUUCAUUAAAAAGAAACUCAUUCUUAGCAAAGCCUAGUCUCGGGAGUUUUGUACAGAACAUGAAUCACCACUCCCGUAUGCGCACCCGUGCUCAGAUUUACAAAGGAAAGUACCUUUAUUUUCGAGGGCUCUCCUCAAAUAAUAAUUGUUCGAGAUCGGAUUUGGUGACCUGGAAAACAAAAAAUAGCUUCCCUUAGUACCUGUAUCGUCAGAAUUAAAUUUAGCAAUCUGGAAUAUGGAAACCAAUCCCAGUAACCUCAGGAUUUCGGAAGUGCUUUACUGAAAUGACAUCAUACUGACGUUCAUAAUCCGCUGGUUAUUGGCACAAUAAGGCUACAAAUAAACUGAAAUGGCAGAGGCGGAUUCCACAACAGAGGAACACCAAGGAACGGAGCCACCACAGGCAGACGACGAGAGCGACCUCGUCAAUGAAAUCGACAACGAAAUCGACUUGGGACGUAUGAAAAGAACGUUAAAAGUAGAGAAUGGCGGAAACGGUAUCGGCAAUGAGGAGGACGAUGAUGAUAGCAGUAUGGAUGUUACAGAUAGACUAGGCGAAUUCCCACUUCAAGAUAAUUGUAAAACAAAUGGCUUUGGUGCUAUGUCGGGGGCGAAAGAUGGCGAAAGGCAAAUGUUUGUCCAUAGUUUCAGCGUGUCGACGUCGUCUUGGAGAUCGUGGUCAUCGAGGGUCGCUGCGACCACAAACAUCGGCAUCGUGAUAAAGAAUAUCUCCCUCCUUCAUGCGCUGUGUUCUGUUCUCCUAAUCUUCAUGGGCAUUCUCGGGGCGGUCGCUAAGAGCUACAUGUCGUAUCUUGUCCUAACCAUCUGGAGUCCAAUAUUUGUCUUCUUUCCAACAAGUUUCACAGGGUUAUCGACUUCCAUAAGAUUGCGAAGUAGUUCUCUCAUUCAAAGAUUAAUCGUCUUGUCAACACUGUCGACGUUGCUUUCGUGUGGAUUGUGCAUGGUCUUCGCGUUCUUCAUCUUUCGAGACGGGCAGCUUGAUACCGAUUGUAGACCGUCCCCAGCCAUCUUAUCAUCCGAGUGUCGACAGUCGGUUUAUCGUGUCCUCAUUAAUGCCGUGAUCGUCUUCCUCUUCGUAAUCGAGUUAAUUGCUUCAGGUUCUUCUCUCCUCAUCUGCGUCAUCGUAAAAACCGGAUAUACAAAGACGCCCUCUGAUAGACAACAGCUCAUUUCAAGGACCAGUAGGCCAAUGUCCUACAAAAGGCUCGCAGCGCAAGACGAAAGAACUGUCGACUAUUUCGAGGAUCGGGCGGAUUCGCUUGUAAAUAACAACUCAAGCAACAUGUAUCAACGAAGUGUGAGUGCGCCAGCUCUUGUCAGUCUCUCUACAACUCAAACCUGCAAGAGCUAGUCGAUUUGCGAGACGCAUCAAAUACUGAACUUCUUUAACACUAUAAAUAUAUAAUGAUGCAGGCAUUACUCGGCAAACUGGUAAAGAUGCAACGUGAGAUGCAAUACCUUGGAUGGAAUGAUUGGUGAUGAUGAAUUUAAAUUGGUUGUUUCAGUUAAAAUCUAUUAUGGAUAAGAAGGUCCACUGGGAGUUCAAUGGCACCAGAACAGGAAAUUUAUGUGGGAUUUUUUUUUCUAGCUUGAGAAUACAGAGAAAUUGAAGUAUAGCCAAUUAAGACGGUACCAGCAGUGAUAGUCAAUUCAUUUUUGCUUUUUUUACUAUGUUGCCUAUAUCGUAUUCCAAUGCCGAUUACGAUGUCUGGUAGAAUGCAUGAACUUCAACACUUUGAAAAUAAUAUGAAUAUUUCAUUGCUAUUAUUGCAGUAUAUCCGUGGAUAGAGAUUCCGCAAUUACAAUUAAGGCUGUUUCUGCACUGCAAAAACUCUGCUGUUAAACAACACCACUUUAGCUUUGGUCUAACAACUAAAUGGGUGCUUAUACAACACCAAUUAGUAUCAAAACAGCAUCGGUUUGAAAUUGGUGGGGUUUUUUUUUUAAUACAUCUCUCGUGUAGACAUAUAUAGAUUCCGGGCUGGUGGUAAAUCAACACCGGAGUUUUUGCAGUGUGGCUCUUUUAUUGUUGUGUUGACCAAAUUCAAGAACCGACAACAAAUUUCGUUAAGUCAUUUUGAUAUCAUGAAUUACUGUUCUGAAUCAUAUCCUAUCACCCGGAGCAUAAUUAUGUCGGGGAUGGAAAAAAUAUCAAAAACAUGUACUAUGCAAUGAUUCUUGCGAUUUCUUUCUUGUUUAUUAUUAUGAUACCAAACUCGUUGGUGAUGUUAUUUGAAAUAAAAGCGGUUUUAUCUUACUUUG